UUUCCUUCCUUAUUUACAUUCCGCGUAUACUAUUUCUGUAGUUUUUUAUAAUUUGCUUUUACUACUUUUUUCUUAGCUGACUUAGGUUGAAUUAAGCUGAUUUUGAUGUUUAGAAAUGGCUACAUAUGCAGUUAACCUAAAAGUUCCUGUUAGAACACUGACUGGUGCUUUGAAUCUUUUGAAUAAAACUGCUGUAGACUGGGGCUGGCAAGGACUUAUUGCACAUGGAUGUCAUUCAUUGGUUCUUGUGAUUGAUCCCAGCACUGCCCAGACUUUACAGGUUCUUGAAAGGCACAAAGCCAAUGUUGUCAAGGUUAAAUGGGCAAGGGAAAACUACCACCACAAUGCUGGCUCUCCAUAUUCCUUACGCUUGGCAUCUGCUGAUGUUACUGGGAAAAUUAUUGUAUGGGAUGUGGCCACUGGAAGUGCUCGUUGUGAAAUUCAGGAGCAUUCAAAACCAAUCCAAGAUAUGGCUUGGCUGUGGAACCAAGAUGCCUCACGAGAUUUGUUACUUGCAGUUCACCCACCAAACUACAUUGUUUUGUGGAAUGCAGAUACUGGCACCAAACUCUGGAAGAAAAGUUAUGCUGAAAAUAUUCUGUCCUUCUCAUUUGAUCCCUUUGAUCCUUCUAACCUAGUGUUGCUGACCAGUGAGGGCAUAGUGUUUAUCUCAGACUUCUCACCCUCUAAGGCCCCUGUUAACUCAGGGAAGAAAGUUUACAUAUCCAGUCCACAUUCUAGUCCAUCCCACAGUAAACCUGUGGCAGCAACAGGAGCAAAGAAAGCCCUCAACAAAGUGAAGAUUCUCAUCACUAAUGAAAAACCUAGUGCUGAAUCUGUAACACUAAAUGACUGUCUUCAGUUAUCCUAUUUACCACACAAAAGAAACCACAUGCUUCUGCUCUAUCCCAGAGAAAUACUGAUCCUUGAUCUGGAAGUAAAUCAGACAGUUGGAGUGGUGGCAAUUGAAAGAACAGGAGUACCCUUUGUACAGGUUAUUCCUUGUCAUCAGCGAGAUGCUUUGUAUUGUCUCCAUGAAAAUGGCUGUAUAACAUUUCGAGUACGCAGAUCAGGCAAUAGUACUGCUGUUGUACAAAGUGAUGACCAAGUAUCAGAUCCUGAUCAGUCAGUUCAGGAGUUGACAUAUGACUUGCGCUGCCAGUGUGAUGCCAUAAGAGUCACGAAAACUGUUCGCCCUUUUAGUAUGGCAUGUUGUCCUGUUAAUGAAAACUCAGUAGCCAUUGUGGUUAGUGAUGGCAGAGUAAUGAUAUGGGAACUGAAGUGUAAUGCUGUAGGACCAAAUGUGCAUAGCAGCAGCACAAAUGCCUCACCAUUGUACUCCCCAAUCUCUUUCUGUGGGAUUCCAGUAGGAUCAGUGCAGAAGAAAUUUCCAGAUCUUUCCCUGGAUAGUAUGAUAGGACAGAGUAUGAUCACAGGAGAAGAGCGACCAAAGGCGCCAUUUCAACAUGAAGUACAUUUGAAAUUCAUACUGACAGGGCUUCUUUCAGGCCUCCCACUACCUCCUUUUGUCAUCCGAAUGUGCCCACCCCUCACAACUCGAAAUUUCAAGCAAUACCACCCACUGUUAGCUGUAGGAACAAGCAAUGGUUCUGUAUUUAUCUACAAUCUAACCAGUGGGUUGGUAUACAAGGAACUAAGCAUUCAUUCCUGUGAAGUAAAGGGCAUUGAGUGGGCAAGCCUGACUAGUUUUCUUUCCUUUGCUACAUCAACUCCAAAUAACCUUGGUUUAGUGAGAAAUGAGCUUCAGCUGGUUGAUUUGCCAACAGGCAAAAGCAUUGCAUUUCGAGGUGAGCGAGGCAGUGAUGAGCCAGCGAUUGAAAUGAUGAAAGUUUCUCAGCUCAAGCAGUACUUGGUGGUAAUAUUCAAGGAAAAACCUCUCGAAAUCUGGGACAUACGAACCUGCACUCUUCUUAGAGAAAUGCUGAAAAGCUUUCCCAUGGUUACUGCUUUGGAAUGGUCUCCAUCUCACAACCUGAGGAGCUUGAAAAGAAAGCAGAUUGCAGCCCGGGAAGCAAUGGCCAGACAGACUGUAGUCUCUGAUAGCGAAAUAAGUAAUGUGGAAUCUUCUGUUAUAAGUUUAUUACAGGAUGCAGAAAGUAAAUCUGAAAUGAGCAACAGCAUUUCUGCACGAGAACACUUUCUCUUUUCAGACCCCGAUGGACAAAUUUAUUACAUCACUGUAGAGGGAAAUGUAGUUAAAGAUGGAGUACGAAUUCCUCCAGAUGGAAGCAUGGGAGGUAUCACAUGUAUUGCUUGGAAAGGAGAUACUGUGGUUCUUGGAGACGUUGAUGGCAACUUAACUUUCUGGGACUUGAAAGAAAGAAUUUCAAGAAACAUUCCUACACAUCGUGGUUGGGUAAAGAAGAUCCGCUUUGCUCCUGGUAAAGGGAAUCAGAAACUGCUGGCUUUGUUCAACGAUGGAGUUGAAAUCUGGGAUGCAAAAGAGAUUCAGAUGGUGAGCAGUUUAAGGAGUGGUCGGAAUGUAAAUUACAAAAUCCUUGACUUGGACUGGUGCACUUCUGACAAAGUUGUUCUGGCAUCAGACGAUGGAUGCAUCAGAGUUCUGGAGACAGCAAUGAAGUCAGCCAGUUACAGAAUGGAUGAACAGAUAUUAGCAGAUCCAGUGUGGUGCCCAUACCUAUUAAUUCCAAGAGCUGCUCUAACACUGAAAACCUUCCUCUUGCAUCAGCCAUGGAAUGGCCUGUAUUCCCUUGAUGUUUUUCAACUAAAUUACCCAGAAAAUGAUGACUUAAAAACAUUGAUGCAGGAGCAGCUAAACUCACUGUCAGAUGACAUCAAAAGUCUUCUGCUGGAUUCUGAGUUCUCUCUGCUACAGAGGUGCUUGCUGGUUUCAAGGCUCUUUGGGGAUGAAUCAGAACUCCAGUUUUGGACAGUUGCUGCCCACUAUCUUCACAGGUUUUCCCAAGGAAAACAGUUACCAGUGCCAACUGGAGAUGUUACUUCAGUGACAUUGGACAGAUCAGCUAAUCCACUAGACAUCUGUUAUGAUAUAUUAUGUGAAAAUUCCUUUUUUCAGAAAUUUCAGCUCGAAAGAGUUAACCUACAGGAAGCGAAAAGAUCAACCUACGACCACACCAAAAAAUGUGCUGACCAGCUUCUUCUUUUGGGCCAGACUGACAGAGCAGUGCAGUUGCUUCUGGAAACAAGUGCAGAAAAUGCCAGCUACUACUGUGAUUCCUUGAAGGCAUGCCUGGUGACUACUAUCACUUCAUCUGGACAAUCCCAAAGCACAAUUAAAUUGGUAGCCACUAAUCUGAUAGCCAAUGGAAAAUUAGCAGAGGGAGUGCAGUUGUUGUGCUUGAUAGACAAAGCUGCUGAUGCCUGUCGUUAUUUGCAAACAUAUGGUGAAUGGAAUCGUGCAGCAUGGCUGGCAAAGGUGCGUUUAAAUUCUGAGGAGUGUUCUGAAGUCUUAAAACGCUGGGCGGAGCAUCUCUGUUCACCACAUAUCAAUCAAAAAUCUAAAGCAAUCCUGGUGUUCCUCUCCUUGGGAAACUUCACAAAAGUGGUUGAAAUGUUACGCAUCAUGAGAUAUUUUGAUAGAGCUGCUCUCUUUAUUGAAGCUUGCCUGAAAUAUGGAGUAAUUGAAGUCAAUGAAAAUACAGAGACACUUGUUAGUUCAGUGUAUGCUGAUUAUGCCAGAAAUCUGAAGACACUGGGUCUGCACCAAGGAGCCAUUUCUUUUGCAUCAAAAGCUGGAUUAGCAGGGAAGGAGCUGCUUACUGAGCUUCAGCAAUUUACAUGUGAUCAUUCUGGAAACUAAUUUCAUAAAUAACAUUUAUUAGUUGUUUAUGUUCUUACUGUAAGUUUACAGAUUUUUAAUUUAUUUAAAGGACAUUUGAUGAGCAGUGAUUGCAGUGUACAGAAGGCAGAACUUGUAGUCCAGCUACCCAUUAGACGCAGAUCUAUUAUCUGGAACCCUGCUUGAUGGAUAUUCAUUGUUUCUGUCAAUUAGAAAUCAGUUUUUUAGAAGUUUUUUUUUUGCCUAGAUAUAGCUGCACACUCCUAACAUAUUCCAUAAUGUCACCUGAUGAUGAUAUAAAUGUAGUUCUUGCCUUUGCCCAUCAGUUAGUUAUUUUUUUCAUUAGCAAAGCACAGAUCUCAACCCAAUUUAUUCUAUAUUCUCAUCCCAUGCUUUUAGGAACUAUGAUGCUUUGGAGACUCAUCAGAAUCCUGCAUUAGAUGGUAGAAGGAAGUUCUUCAUUGAAUUUAUGGAAGAGUUCCUCUCAUGACCCGAGGGGAAAACUGGAGUUUUUUUUUUUUUUAAAGGUGACGUAGUUUGGAGGACUGACUGAAGCAUCUGGUUUUGGAAAGAGACUACAUGGAGUCAAGUUGUUUUUUUCUGGGACUCCCCCAGCCCCAUGCCCAUUAUGGUUGGCUAAUUUUGGUUGAGCACAAGACCUCUUAAUGAUCCUACCCCAGCUUAGUGAUAAGAUAUCUACUUCACAACUGCAAGGUCUUUAUCUCACUCUGGACUUCUGGUCACUGUGUUAAGUUUUCUUGUACUGUUCAUGUCUCCUUUAUUUUUUUCAAGGGACUCCAGUUUCCUCCCAUCUCCCAAAAAACAUUGAUUGACUGCUUUAAAUUGUUUAUAUUUGUAUUGUAUUUUCCCCUGCCAUUAUGCCUUAGUCAUAGCUGGAAAGAAUCUGGGGGCAAAUUCAAUUAUCCAGUUAAAUAAAUGCACUUAAAAUUAAAUUAAUUACCCAAGUAAAUUGUUUUUGUUUUGAGCAGCUUUGCAUUCCUCAGUGAAAUGGAAACCUUUCUGAUAAUCCAUUUUUGACAGUAAAGUAGAGGUCUUGAAGAGAUGUAUCUCUAGGUUCCACCUUGGAAAGUGUGUAUUGAAGUGAUUGCACUUCCCAUCUCCUGAUUGAGUGUCUCAGACAUGGACUUAGGCAAUGUUCCAUCUAGCCUGAUUUUUGAGAGAGACCCAAGGAAUGGGUACAUGGUGAUGAGAUGUUCUUUUCCUGGGACCCCCCCCAAGCCUACUGUGAUUGGUCAGUUUUCAGUUUCAUUUGGGGAAGAACUGUUGUAUGAGCCUUUGUGCCAGGAUCUGCAGCACAGGCAUGAUAUAUCAGACACAUAUUUAAUUCUUGGUGAGAAUGUGAGUCACUGGCAUGAACAUUCAUCCUGAGUGAUUUCUUCUCAUUGAUGCCAGCACCAGACCCAGAGUAGACAUCUCUGUCUUAUGUGCCACCUCAAGCAUGCUCAUGUGCAUCAACUAGUGGGCCUUAACAGCCUAAUGCCACAUGCACAUUUGAGAACCUGUUUGUAAUUUCCCCCCUCAGAGUUGCUGGAACACAUGGGCUUUUUCCUCCAGACUCCAUUUGAGGGGGCCUUUUGGCAGCGAGGUUCGUGUCACUGAGACAGAUAAGUGCAAUGAGUUCUUCAGUUCCUCGAACUAGUUAUGGUUUAUGAGGCCUGACGUGCUUAGGCCUUUUACAUCCAUGAUCCUGGAUGCCGUACCAAGUGAACAGUCAUUCUUUUCCCUGAUAACACUCUCCUUUGGAGAUGACUUUUAAGAAUAUUUUAUGGAAGUUUGGAAGUACUGUUAUUAUUCUGCUAUGGCCCCCAAAAAGGUCAAUGCCAACUAUAGGACUUCAGUUGAAAUGAGUGAUUUAUUGUCAAAGUGUCCUACUGUUGACUCUUUUGUGAUCUCUUUGGGCCAGCAAUGGUCCUAGAUAUCAUAGUCUGUUUUACUCUUGGUGCCUUGCAAGCAGAAUAGAACCUGGACAUUUUUUUUGCAAGAAAGUGUACUACUCCUGUACAGUGGUGUUUGGGCUGUAAUUUCUGCAUUUGCUCAAGUUUAAUUUUCUUCAUGAAGAACGACACUGCCAUUCCUGUGUCUGGACUCUGGAUGAACUCUUCCAGACCCUGUCUGCAGCUAUUCAAGUCUUUGAAUCUUUUCAAGACAGGACCCACGGCAUAAGGGCAAUACAUUUGUUAACAUUUUAGAGUAGCUAAUCAACAAGAAUGCUUUCGAGAAGUGGAAGGAUACCAAAGUACCUUGAAAAACCCAAGCAGACAUGAGCAGAACAUGCAAAAGCUAUAUGGUGACCAGCCGUCAGGACUGAGCUACAAACCUGGUAACUCUGAGGCAGAGAUCUUACAGAUAGCCUACUGUAUUGCAGAUUGUGUGGAUGCUUUGUUUAGAGCUGUAGACUUUGGUGUGUGUGCUUGUGCAGAGUAUAAUAGUUUCCUGCAGAGACUGCUUCAGCACCAGUAGUCUGAGUGCUUCCUUGUAGGAGAGAGUACAUUUUGGCCAGGCCUCUCAUGCUUUAGUCAUUUGCAACCUUGAAAAGGUGGAGAUAGGCAAAGCACACUUAGGGGUCUUUGUCAGACUGCUUACCAAUCCAGGGCCUUGAGACUAGAUGCAAACAGCAAAAGAGGUUUAAAAUAUGCUGAGUGAGCAGUAUAAGGUAGUAACUAACUGGUUGUACAAGGAAUGAGAGGGAAAGAGUUGUAACAUUUGAUAACACAAGUGAAGCAUUUCUAGUGCAGUACAUUGACAAUUUAGACAGCAACAACAGUGAUUCUAAUCAGUUGCAAUAUAGAUUUAGACAGUAAGGCUGAUGACUCUUCACAGGUAGAGAGAGAAUGAGAGAAAGUAAGGCAAUGUAGCUGAGGUGUGUUAUAGGUUCAUAAGAGGUUACUAGCCUAAUGUCCCUAGGGCCCUUACAAGCCUAGCCAAGUUCAACCUUUGUGCAGAUCUAAAUCAACACUGAAUGCCUCUGUCCAAGAUGGACACAGGUUAAAUUCCAGGGUGAAUUGGUGGUUUCCCAUCCAGUCAUCUAAGCAACACUUAAAACGGUUAACACGAAGCUCUGUUUAACCUGUUUUGGAAGUUUAUUCCAAAGUAGAGGCAACCUCUGGGAGACAUAUCUGUCUCUCCAGCAAGUCCUUUUGAUGUCACAUGCUAGGUUAAUGUCCCUAGAGUGAAUGAAUCUAACACCAUUUGACUUAUGAAUGUGCAGCAUUUCCAUUAAGGCAGGAUCAGAGGUUGCUCUGUAUGCAAGGCACAGGUUGUCUCUGAAUAGUCAGUAUGAUACAGAGUAUAGUAACAGUGAUUUCCAUCUCUCCACAUAAGACAUGUGCUGAAGACCCUGAAUGUUCUUUGUGAGGAACUUUUGCAGUUUCUCCAGUUGCUGCAGGUGCCUGUUUACAUACAUACCA